AUGUUCGACGCGCAGUGGUACAAUGAGUUUGUUCCCAAACAGUCCGAGAAGCCGAAGCAGAAGCAGCGGCGGAGAGAGUCGCUACUCAAGCAGCCCAACGAGGGCAUUGAAGCUGACGUCGGACGCGUAGAAGAGAUUGCAGCAGUGGUCGAGGAGGAUGAGCGCAAAAGAGGUCCCCCCGAGGCCACCGUGGCCCGCCGAGCCAAGUCAUACAGCGAUUUCUACCAUGUUGUAAGGGCGCAUACCAUAAAAGAGCGGAAGCUCGAGAGGGAGAAGAGAAGAUCAAGGGAGAACAUCAGAGAAGAUGUCAAGACCGAACUUGACUUUCGGCGGUGGUACAACGGGGUACAUGAUGAGCUGUUGGACGCGAGCCAUGAAGAGUACAAGUCUUACCUGGAGCAACUCCAGCUGUCUCAAUCACAUCUUGAGUCGCUACUGACGGAUACCAAUUCCACACUGGAUCUCCUCUCAUCCUUGUCGGAAGCAUUCAAAGCGGUCGAAGCGCAGACUACAGCAUUUCAGGCUCAAUGCGAAGGCCUCGUCUCUGACCAGAACCACACCUCGAAGCUUGCUGAUGACAUAGCCGAGAACCUGCGCUACUAUACAUACCUGGAUCCCAUAACCAAGAGACUGAAUGCUCCAGGCGCAGGCAAGCUGGUAGGCGGGAAGGAGUUCUCAGAGAUGCUUGCCAACCUGGACAACUGCCUGGAGUAUAUGCAAGCCCAUCCAUCACACCGAGAGGCCGCCACCUACCGAGCUCGGUAUCGCCUCUUACUCACCAGAGGGCUCACGCUCAUACGUGUUCAUUUCACAAAUGCGCUGCGAGAGAUUGCCGCCGAUGUUUCUAAGCGCAUAGCUGAUCGCCAGCUGAACGACACAACCAUGUCCGCACUGCUAUACGCUAAGUUCCGCGUUCGCGCGCCAGAACUGAAGCAAGUGGGACUAGAAAUCCAGAAGCGAGCCGUAUUACCAGCUGGCGUGGAGCAGGGCACAGAAGCCGAGUACCAGAGCCUGCAGAAUGAGCUAUACCAGAGCUACUCCGCUACCCGCGGAAGGCUCAUUCUACCCAUCGUCACGAAGAAGAUGUCUGAGAUUGCCAUGGCGCCUAGCAGUGCGAAGGACCUGGUAGCUUUCGCCCGAAGCAGCAUAAGCUACAUUCGUGGCAUCUGCUUUGACGAGUAUGAUCUUUGGCACGAGUGGUUCGAUGGCGAUAAUGGCUUGUACGACUUCCUCGAGGCGAUAUGCGAGCCGCUAUAUGACCAUCUGCGGCCCAGGAUCAUUCAUGAGAUGCAGAUACUAAAGCUCUGUGAACUAUGUACGCUUCUGCAGACGCGGUACAUGGAGGAAGACGAAGAGGAUGCUUCGCCGGUAGAAGCGGCUAGACUGGACUUUUCUACGCUUAUUCAACCAGCGCUUGAAGACGCCCAAACCAGACUUGUUUUCCUUGCUUUGGCCGUCUUAAGGGACGAUAUUGAGCGCUACAAGCCGAAGCCGGAGGACCUUGACUAUCCUGCCCGCAACCGGCGCACUUCUGUGGUGGCAGUGAAAAGCUCUCAGCCCGUACUAUCUGGCCGAAAGAGCUCCACCAACCGCCCUCCGACACCAACGCCCAAAACACCUACAGUAGUGGACGAUGUGGAUAGCACCGGGGUCUUUUGGAGCACCGAAGCCGCCUUCCAAGACUGGUAUUCCACCCUCCGCAAAGCGGUCUGGCUUCUCAGCAAGAUCUACCGCCUCGUCAACUCCACCGUCUUCGACGAUCUCGCCCACCAAAUCGUCCACCAAACCACUCUCUCCCUGCACACAGCCGCCUCCCUCAUCGCCCAGCGCGUCUCCCCCACCGACUCCCAGCUCUUUCUCAUCAAGCAUCUCCUUCUUCUCAAACAGCAGAUCGUGGCCUUCGACAUUGAGUUCGUGACCCCCGAGAUCGCUUUUGAUUUCUCCAGCCUGACCUCCACCUUCUGGGAGCUGCGGGAAAGGGGCGGCCUCUUUAACCCGCUCAACCUUAUCCGCCUCGCGGGUGGGAGUCUGGUGCCGCGGGUCGUGGAGAACAUGCUCGAUGCCAAAGCGGAGUUAGACGGUAGGCUCAGGACGGUGAUCAACGACUUUACGGGCGGCUUCGCGAGCCGUAUGACGGCUGCGGUAUCCCCCGCAGCGGUAGCGAAGAAGAGUUUCGAUGGCGAUGCUGCGACCGUGGCGGUACGGCAGGCUGUCGAGAAGGAAGUCCCGUUUCUGCGGCGGAAGUUGGACGAGUAUCUAGAUGAUUUGAGGACCAAGGAGACACUCGUGGCGGCGGUGCAGGAUCAGGUCUUCCGUAAUUAUGAGGACUUCUUUGAGAAAAGGGCAGAGCUGCUGAGGGCGAACGGGAAGGCGGUCGGGAAGAAGGGGAAGGGGAGGGAGGACGAGGUGUGGGAUCCGGAUAUGUUUGAGGAGUGGAGCGGGAGUGUGUUCAAGGUUGGGCGGCUGGGCAUGCUGGAUGAGCAGGAGGACGAUGAUGGGAGGAGUGAUUUUAGUAGGAGUGGGAGCAUGUAG